AUGGGGAAGGGAGACGAGGUGCAGCGUGGGGAGCAGCAGUGCAGCUCCUCGGUGGGAUCUGGCGGUGUGGACUCGGCGUCCAGUCGCAGCGGCGUCCAGGACAGUGGGUUCGGCAGCGACAGCGCCAGGAUCCGUAUCGUCCAGAUGGAGCAGCAGAGUGGAGGCUCCCACCACCGCAUCGCUAGACCCUCCAGGAAGUCCACCGUCGUCAAGAACCUCUCCUUCGUCCCCUUCGACGUCUUCCUGACCGCGAGUCUGACAGCAGAGGACCUCCUGAACAGUAACACCGUUCCCCAGGAGCCCCGCGGUUCCCUCCUCUCCCUGGACUCCCUGCCCGCCCCCAGCCGCUCCUCGGCCCGCCAGGCCCUGGGGGUCACCAUCGUGAGGCAGCCUGGAAGGAGAGGAGCUGGAGACCGGGUCCUGGAGCCUCUACUGUACCUCCAGGUGGUCCAGCCGUCGGCCCUGCUCAGCUGUCACCACCGGAAACAGAGGAUGGACGUGUCUGUGUUCGAUGUGUCUCUGAGAGGAGUCUCCUCUGACUAUAAGUGUCUGGAUCCAGGGAAGUCUCUCCCAGAGGUAUUAGACUACAGUGUGUUGUGGGUCCAGACAGUAUCAGGAGAGUCUGACAGUCAGACAGGUGUUCCUCCUCCUCUGGCAUGUCUGCAGAUCAGAGACUUCCUCAGUGGACCAGCGGAGCUGAACGUGGAGCUGUCCCGGCCCCUGAAGGUGAACCCUACGCUGGUGAAACUGGAGCAGACCAAGGCCUACCUGAGGAGGGUCCUACCUCAUCACUACUGGGAGACUCCCAAACCCCCCUCCACCCCUCAUUUCUCCCCCAGUAGGACCUCGUCCUCCUCUCCCCCUCGUCCCGACCCCUCCCACCUCAGCUCCCUAAGAUCCUUGGCACCUUUCCACAAGGUGUCCCUCCGCACCGCCCAGAUCGUGGUUGUCAUGGAGACCGAGUCGCACCCUGCCCGGCCCAGCCUGUCCUGGUCGGUGUCGGCUAUGAAGGGUACCAUGAACAUGAAGACUGGGCCCAAGCUAGACGACCCGGUCCAGUCAGUCUCAGUGCUGUUGGAGCUGCAGGAUAUCCUGUUGAGGACGGGUCUGAAGGAUCGGAGCCGUCUGCUGCUGGGGCCUUUCUCCUGUAGCGCCGCCCUAGAGGCCAGGUGGUGUAGGCACAGCAGCAGUCCUGAACCUGAGACUGGGACCCCUAAACUACUGCUGGACCUGAAGGGAGGCCUACUGCAGGUGUUCUGGGGCCAGGAGCAUGUAAACUGUCUGCGGCUGGUGUAUGAACACCUGCAGGCCUACCUCCAGAGAAACCAGGGAUCUGGGUCAGGGUCUGGGACUGGUUCUGGGUCAGGGACUGGGUCUGGUUCUGGGUCUGAGACUGGGUCUGGGACUGGGUCUGGGACUGGGGCUGAAGAGGAAAAGCCCCGCUUUGACACCCAGUCACCCCUCUCCCCUGAAUCCCCCUCCCCCAGGACAGAACACAGCUCUGAUGACCUCCGCACCGGGCUGUUCCAGUACAUACAGAACUCAGCCAAUCAGAAACUACCUGGUCCAUAUGAGGUUGUGUUCUAUAACGAAACAGACGACAGUCCCGGCGUCAUGCUGUGGCGUUACCCAGAAUCCCGUGUGUUGACCUUCGUACGCAUCACUCCAGUCCCCUUCAACACCACCGAGGACCCAGAGAUCAGCACCGCAGACCUGGGAGACAGACUGAAGGUGCCGUGCAGCCUGGAGUAUUGGGAUGAGCUCCAGCACGCCUUCGUCCCCUACCGAGAGUUCAGCCUAUCAGAGAGUAGCGCCUGCGAGCUGACCCUGCCCAGCCUGACGCUGACCAAUGAGCAGAAGGAUCUGGUGACCUCUGACCUGUGGAGGAUCGUCCUCAACAACAACCCAGACGGAGGAGACGAACAGAGUUCUGACAGUGAGUCAGGUUCUCAGCAGGGUUCGUCGGGGUCCCAGCUUCUGCCCUGUGACCAGCUGGUGUCCCCCACGGCGCUGGCAGCUUGUACCCGUGUCGACUCCUGCUUCGCCCCCUGGUCCGUGCCCUCCCUGGGCGUGUCUCUCACCCUGGCACAGAUACAGCUGCACCUCUACCACCACCUGGAGCAGCUGGGCACAGCGCCGUCACGUCGACUCCGCCCCUUCCUGCCGGACAGGAAGUUGCCCCAGGAGCAAGAGUACCUGGUCAUCGGGGCACAGGAGCCGCGGCUGUUCCUCCGCCAGUGGAGCGGCGGCGGUAACGUCAGCGCCGCCCGGCUCUGCCAGGAGAUCCAGUUCUCCACCGAGCUGGACUGCAGACUGUUGGAGUACCGGAACUUGACUUGGCUCUGCCUGCUGCAGCCGUUCAUACUGCAGGGUCAGGCUGCGGUCACACGCUGCUCCAACAACGUCCUCCUGGACGGGAACGUCUUCGUAGACCCGGUCUUCAUCAACAUCAGCCAGAACACCGUUCACAGUCUGGAUACGGCCCUACGGGGCUGGCAACAGAACGGGGAUGAAGGUGCGGAGGAGUUGUUGAUCAGUCACCAUGUGCUCUGUAACGACACCCAGGAGACCCUGAGGUUUGGCCAGGUGGACACCGAUGAGAACGUCCUGCUGCCCUCCUCACACAGCCACCAGUACAGCUGGAGGAGCCACAAGUCACCACAGCUCCUUCAUAUCUGUAUAGAGGGCUGGGGUAACUGGCGUUGGUCUGAGGCCUUCAGUGUGGACAACGUGGGGACUCUGUUGAGGACUAUACAAUAUAGAGGACGGACUGCGUCGCUCAUCAUCAAGGUGCUGCAGCUCAACGGUGUCCAGAAACAGGUAAUAAUCUGUGGUCGCCAGGUGAUAUGUAGUUACCUGUCUCAGGACAUUGAUCUGCGGGUGGUGCAGCACUAUGUGAAUCCAGAAGACCAGACGGUGGUUAAGGAACAUGUUGACUGUCUGGAGGCUGGGAGGAAGCUGCCCUCCUACGUGCUGGAGGACUCAGAGCUGACAGAGCUGUGUGUCAGAGCCAGAGGAGAUGAGGACUGGUCUCGGGAUGUCAGACUGGAGAGGAAGGAGAAGGAGAGGGGGAGUAGCUCUGUGGUACAGUCUGACAUCCCGAGACCAGUCCUCAUCUCCUCUGGCUCUGACACAGCUCUGUCAGCUCUGAGUCCUCCAGCACGUAGGAGGGCAGCUCCUCCCAGCCUCCAGACAGUCAACAUGUUCCUUAACCACCGUCUGGUCUUCUGGAUUCACAUAGUGCUGCACCACCUGCAGAUCAAUGUCCUGAGACAG